AUGGACUUCCAUUCGUUGCAGAGUACGUUGACGGAGGCCCGCGCAUUAGCCUCUUCGUCCAAGACAGUUUCUUUUGACCAUCAUUACGAACUUUUGGAGGAACUUGGAAAAGGGGCGUACGGAACGGUAUGGAAAUGUUGCCGGCGGCACGACUCGUUGAAGCGACCGUACGGAGUAAAAAUUAUCAACAAGCGAGAAGCGGGAGCAAAAGGGUUGCGUAGUGUGAUGGGUGAGGUUGAGACCAUGAGUCUUCUCAGUCAUCCAAAUAUUGUGAGAUUAGAGGAGACGUUUCACGAUGAUCAAACCCUUUGGAUUGUAAUGGAAUAUAUGGCUGGUGGUGAGUUACAGCGUGCGCUGAAACGUGAUGGAUCAUUUAGUGAAGUCCAGACUCGUCGUAUUACUAUGCAGCUUCUGUUUGCGUUAGAGUUCAUCCACCAAAAGGGUAUUGUUCAUCGAGACCUUAAACCGGAGAAUUGUCUUCUUUCGGAGGGUGACUUAGUGUGUAAGAUAUCUGACUUUGGUUUUGCCGUGCUCGUUGGCGUGGAUCAGUGCCUCAUGUCCUUUUGUGGCACAACGGUGUUUAUGGCACCUGAGAUAUUCAGCGACACAAACUAUGGCAAACCGGUGGACAUGUGGGCAUUAGGCGUGAUGGUGUAUCUUAUGUUCACAGGUGAAUAUCCAUUUCUGGGUCGUACGCAGAAAGAGACGACGGAGGCUAUUUUGAAGGCCAAUUACAACAUGAAGGAUGGAAAGAUUAGUGAGGGGUCAUCGGCUUUGCAUGACUUUAUAUCCAAAUUACUUGUGGUUGAUCCGAACCGCCGGUAUAGUGCACGGGAGGCUCUAAAGCACCCGUGGAUCAAACUAGGUAUGAACAUGGAAAUUCCCGAUGAUGAGCCGAAGGCGCCAAAGCGAAGUGGGCUACGUCCCCGCGGCGUGUUUCGUGCUCUCAGCAUCGCUAUUAUGGCUGCCCACCGGCUGCUUUACCUGCGGUACUGCCGCAUGCUCGAUAGCAGUGAUUGCGGAAACUGUGCAAUGCUCCGCAACUUCACCUACGUGGUGUCUGGUAGGUACGAACCACCGUGUCCGUCGUUAGAGUGUAGUGGUGUAUUCCUGCGUCAUCCUCGCGGUUUGCCAUUGUUACUCCCAAUGGUGGAGGUGAGCCGAACUCUUGAGUCGUUAGAUCUGAGCAACAACAACAUCUUCAAUCUCACGUUCCUGCAGCAACUUGUGAAGGUGGUUGGCAAUCAUCCGUCUUUGGUGUCACUGAACUUGUCCAACAACCCCAUUCCGGCACUGGCAGGUCGUGGUCUGCUCCGUCUUGCCCGAAGCCCGCAGUCACGACUUACAUAUCUCGGGUUGGAGGGAACACAACUCUCUGCUGAAGCCCUUGCUCAAAUCUCAUCAGCACUGAAGGAGCGACUGGCCGCCGCCCCAACGUUGUGUCUUUCCAUGCAGAGUUGCACAGGCCCACGCCCUUUAGAGCAGGUGAGUCCCACGCAGUCCCGAUCCGCCCGCACGACCCGUUCGCGAUCACAACACGGGUCGGCACACACGUCUUUAAUGAAUCCUUCGCGUUCCCCGCAGUCGAAGGGGCCGCGGCUUCCACCUAUCAACUCCAAGCGCCGCAACGAGAGAUGA